UGCGUCGUACUAACCGCGCAGAGCAUCAGGGGUCCUUCAGACUCAUGGCGCUAGUUUCUGAGCGCCGAGUGUGUUGAAUGUUUUUCAGAUAUUACAACAUUAAACGUCGGUAUUUCAGGAGGAUUUAAUAUCGCAGUGUUAUGGAGGAGGUGGAUGAAGAGCCCAGUCCCACGCUGAUUCCAAGCGCUGGAUUUCAUCAGAGGCAUUUGGGUUUUGAGUGGGGUCCUGGAGAUCUGCUGGUGUAUGAGACCAACUACCGACUGCAAGGUCCGAGGUCUGCAGGCUCUCCGUUCGUCCACAUCGUGAGGAGAGAUGAAGACAUCUGCUCUCCCAUCCUGCGCAAACUCUUCAACGAGUCCCAUCUCAUCUUCGUGGGGCUGCAGAAGAUCAGAGAGGACGUUCCCAGCAAGAACAAGAAGUCACAGUUUGUGAGCGUCAGUAAGAACUACAGGUCUGUGAUCCGAGCCUGUAUGGAGGAGCUGCAGCAGAACGCAGUUUCAACACAAGAUGGUUCUUUAGCGUCGCAGUAUGGAGAUCAGGUGUCUAUCCUCUUGGCGAUCGAGCUCAUAUGGAACUUGUGUGAGGUUCUGUUCAUCGACGCGGCUCCAGCCGGGUCUCUGCUGCUGCAGCUGCUGGAUUGGGUGCGUCUGCACAAGUCAGACGUGGACACGAGAGCGCGAGAGGUGUUACAGAGCGAAAACCCCGCUCUGCAUCGCUCCUACUGGGACGUGGUGAUCAGUUUAGUCCUGCAGGGCCGCAUGGAUGAAGCCCGUCAGGUGCUGUCCAAACAGGCGUCUCUUCGGCCCGAGAGCAGCUCUGUGUUCAAACGCAUGGACGUCCUGUUACAGAGCAUGCCCAUCUUUAAUCCCACAGGAGCUCAGACGCUGACUGAGUUUGAUGUCAGAUGGAGACAGUGGCACGAGGAGUGUGACCGCUGUCUUCAAGACAACACCUUCGCUGGGAACCGUCACCUGGAGACCCUGGUGAAGGUCCUGCUGGGUGAUGAAGACACGUUACUGGAGCAGAAGGAGCUGCUGGGCACCUGGUAUCACUUCCUGGUCACACGGAUGCUCUUCACUCAGCCCACCAUCAAACCGCCCGACCUGCACUACUACGCACAAUCGAGCAUGAACAUGUUUCUGGGUCCACGGGCGUCUCCGGAGCCUCUGGACAUCAUCCUGCUGUCGGCCUUCGAGUUCGACCUGCAUCAGGUGAUCAAAGACUGCAGCAUCGCGCUCAACAACUGGUGGUUCGUGGCUCAUCUGACAGAUCUGCUGGAUCACUGCAAACUCCUGCAGUCGCACAACCUCCAUUUUGGGUCUAAUCUGCGUGAGUUUCUGGUUUUGGAGUACGCCUCGGGUCUCUUCACACAUCACAGUCUGUGGCAGCUGGCGGUGGAUUAUUUCGAUCACUGUCCUGAGUUCGGCCGUGUGUAUCUGGAGCUGCAGAUCGAGAGAGUCCCGCUCGACACUGAACGUAAAGCUGUUAAAGUCCUGCGGAUCUGUGAGGACCGACAGAUGAGUGAACAGGUGCGCAGUAUCUGUAAGAUCAUGGCUAAAAGAGCUCUGAGGAACAACCGCCUGGGAUCUGCUCUGUCCUGGAGCAUCCGAGCCAAAGAUGCUGCGUUCGCUACACUCAUCUCUGAGAGGUUUCUUCAGGAUUACUGUAACAGAGGCUCUUUCACGGACCUGGAUUUGUUGGAUAAUCUGGGUCCUGCCAUGCUGCUCAGUGACAGACUCACGUUUUUAGGAAAGUACCGCGAGUUUCACAGGCUCUACGGUGAGAACCGUUUCUCCGAGGCAGCCAGACUCCUGCUGUCCCUGAUGACGGCUAGGAUCGCCCCUCGCGGUCUGUGGAUGACGCUGCUGACCGACGCGCUGCCGCUGCUGGAGCAGAAAGAGGUGAUCUUCUCCGUGGAUCAGACGUAUGAGCUCAUGUCCUGUCUGGAGGAGCUGAACUCAGGAACCAAAGCCUCGAACACCACAGACCAGGAUGAAGACAUCGAGUCCACGAAGACGGAGCUCCUGCGACUGGCUCUGGCUCGUAACCUGGCCAUGGCCAUCGUCAAAGAGGGAACAAUAGAAACAUAAAUUCAUCCGAUCAUCCAGCUGUUUUUCACUCUCUUUGUGUCCUGUACAUAAUUCACAAACAUGACUUC